AUGUGUCAUGUCGCAGCACCAGCUUUCAACCAUCUUCCUUCUCCUCCUUUGAGUCCACUUGGGUUUGGCCAGAAUUACACGAUCGCCUCGUCAGGUGCUCCAGGUCCUUUUCGUCUCCCCCCGUCCCCUCCCCAGUCACCGGCUCCAGCUCUGCCUAGAUAUGUCCCAGUCGCCCCUGAGGACAGGUUAGGAAGUUGCCUGGCGGGCUCGCUACGGCUGGACGGGAUCCUCGGCACUGGUGCCUAUGGAGUCGUCUACUCGGCCGUCGAUAUUUUCACCAAUGUUCGUUAUGCCGUGAAGACGCUCAGCAAGUUCAAUGCCGAUGGAACGCCCCUGGAUCAACGACAAAUGGCUUUCCAGACCAGGGAGAUCCGUUUGCACUGGGAGGCUUCCGCCCAUCGGAAUGUCGUGUCCAUGUUGAAGAUUAUCGACGGUUCCGACUGCAUCUUUGUCAUUUUGGAGUACUGCCCUGAAGGUGAUCUUUUCUACAAUAUCACAGAAUGCGGGCAGUACGUCGGUAAGGAUGACUUGGCCAAGCGGAUUUUCCUUCAGAUCCUGGAUGCUGUAGAAUUCUGCCACAGCCGGGGGAUUUACCAUCGGGACCUGAAGCCGGAGAACGUCCUCGUCAAAGACCAAGGGGAGACCGUGAAGCUCGCCGACUUCGGCCUGGCCACCUCAUCUGAACGAUCCGACGACUAUGGUUGUGGUUCGACCUUCUACAUGUCACCAGGAGUCAUACUGGUGAACCUCACCUGUGGACGGAACCCAUGGAAGCAAGCCUCCGUCGAGGACUCCACGUACCGGGCCUACACCCGGAGCGCAGGAUUUCUCAAGACCAUUCUUCCUGUGUCGGACGAACUGAACGACAUCCUUGGAAGUAUCUUCACCCGCGACCCAGAACAAAGGAUCACGCUACCUGCGUUGAAGCAAAGGAUUUUGGCCUGUUCCAGAUUUACGUGCACAGAGCAGCCAGCUCUGCCGACCCCUCCGUCCUCGCCAUAUGUUCAGGAGAACGGCGUCACCGAUGCCAUGGACUACGAUUACCCCCCUUCACCUGCCGAAUCUAACGACGAGUACUCGGAUGGGGACUCCUCAGACGAUGACUCGAUCGAUGGCGCCUCUUCAGAUGAUGACUCUGUUGACGGACUCGACAACGAGGACCGCCCUGACUGCUCAGUGGAGCCGAAUGUCGCUGUCUCUCCCCAUGCACCCAUGGCCAGCUUUGCGCCAGCCGAACCAAGAAUGAACUGUGGACCACAAUUCAACAUCUACCAUGGAGUCAUGCCAGAGCCGCCACAGCCAGUACAACAACCAUUACAACAGGCAUCCCACGGAAACUGCGCCCCCAAGUUUGGAUUCCAGUUUUGGGACAUUUUCAGGCAAUACGCCGCUCCGCCCGCUCAGAUCCACCAUUCCCUGCAUUUAUACCCCCAGGUUUCGUUUCCUGUACCAGGCUUUUGA